CGACGACAGCCCAGCGCGGGGCGGGGUUACGUGGAGGGGGCCUGAUUGGGAGUCGGCGCAGGCGCAGUCCGCGCGGGUUCUCGGACGCAAAACGAGUGCGAGCGGCGGCGAUGGACGACGAGGAGGAGACGUACCGGCUCUGGAAAAUCCGCAAGACCAUCAUGCAGCUGUGCCACGACCGUGGCUACCUGGUGACCCAGGACGAGCUUGACCAGACGCUGGAGGAGUUCAAAGCCCAAUAUGGAGACAAGCCGAGUGAGGGGCGGCCGCGGCGCACUGACCUCACUGUACUGGUGGCCCACAACGAUGACCCCACUGACCAGAUGUUUGUGUUCUUUCCAGAGGAGCCCAAGGUGGGCAUCAAGACCAUCAAGGUGUACUGCCAGCGCAUGCAAGAGGAGAACAUCACGCGUGCCCUCAUCGUGGUGCAGCAGGGCAUGACGCCCUCUGCCAAGCAGUCCCUGGUCGACAUGGCCCCCAAGUACAUCCUGGAGCAGUUUCUGCAGCAGGAGCUGCUCAUCAACAUCACGGAGCACGAGCUGGUCCCUGAGCACGUCGUCAUGACCAAGGAGGAGGUGACAGAGCUGCUGGCCCGAUAUAAGCUCCGAGAGAACCAGCUGCCCAGGAUCCAGGCGGGGGACCCUGUGGCGCGCUACUUUGGGAUAAAGCGUGGGCAGGUGGUGAAGAUCAUCCGGCCCAGCGAGACAGCGGGCAGGUACAUCACCUACCGGCUGGUGCAGUAGCCGCCGCCUGACAGUUCCACAGGUGUAUGGGCCACGUUUCCAGUGCUUGGUGGCCCCGUGGGGCUGGCGUGCGGAACCUCAGAGUGCGAGAACACGUCCGUCAUCUGGAACGUUCUCCUGGACUGCCCCAGGCUGCAGGUGGACACGACGUGGUCAUUUGAUGCCCGAGUGUCGGCACAGCCCGUCUUGAAGACCACCGGGGCUCCCACCUCACGGGGCCCCGUGGCAGGGGUUUCCCUUCCUCACACCUUUCUCCCCUGGGAGGAGGCCCAGGGCCACGCUGCAGGGCUGUGUCCCCUCCCUGGCCCCUUUCCAGGCUUGCAGCUGCCACAGAAAACAGACCUGAUUCAAACCUUUAUUCAGCAAAAUAAACGUGCCUGUGAAGGAACUACA